AUGGCGUCCACUGCUCCGGCCAGCGCCGCUCGCGGGCGACGCAACGCGAAAGCUGACGGGUUCCAGUGGGACAACCCCGGCGAAGAGCCAGUUUCCCCGAGCUCCCCCUCUCGCCGCCCUUCGUUCCUCCGCCUUUCCACCACCUCGACGAUCCUCCUGCUCUCCGCGAUCUUCGUCGCCGCUCUCCUUUUCAUUGGCUUCCGUAAUUUCCGCGUCGAGGCCCCCGCGCCGCGCUCCAGCGCGUCGCUAGGCUCGUUAGACGGCGAUUACGGAACUGGCGACGAUGACGGUUACGGCACAACAACCAACGCGGCAGGUUCCACGUGGCCGACCGGCAGCAAGUCGUCAAAACUGACGGCCACCGGAACGGGGGUUUCAGGAUCGUUCGGGUCUACCGGCUUGACGGAAAACGUUGGAAAGAAAACGUCGUGGGACGAAAUGUCGGAGGAUGAGGAUGACUUAGGAACCACCACCGGCUCUAGCUGGCCGAGCAAGAGUAGCUCCGCAAUCGGCGGCGGGUUUGGGGGCGGACUUGGCGCUUCGUCGAGCUGGAAGAAGGGGGUCGCAGGCAGGGGAAGCAGCGGGAACUCGUGGGGUGGCGGCGGCGCGGAUACGAUGGAUGAUGACGUGGACACGUUCUCGAGCAGCGCGAAAACCGCGGGAAGGUUUGGCGGCGGCGCGAUGGGCGAUCUGGGUAUGGGAGACGAUGAUGACGAUGGGGGGGCGUUGUAUCCGAAAGAGAAAGGCAGAACGAGGCCUGGAGACCGCGAGACCGGGAGGGGUAUGGAGCUCGAAGGGUAUUCUAAAAGCAUUGCUUCUGGUUAUGCGAAAGGCGCGGUGGGAUAUGGUAAAGGGACGACAGGACAGGGCGCGGAUCGCAUGGGGGGAAGCCGCGGGGAGCGCGGAGGGCGCGGUGGGCGCGGGUUUGACAAGGGGGGAGGUGACCCGCUGGACCAGGCUUGGGAUGACCUGGGGGGCGGGCGAGGGGGGCGGGGAGGACGCGGGUUUGGCCAGGGAGACGAUGACGCGGAGGCGGAGAUGGGGGGAGGCGGAGGCGUGGGCGCGCGGCAGCAGCGGCAGGCGGGCGGACGAGGGGCGUACGGCGGAAGAGCAGGACAGAGGGGUGCUGACGUGGAUGAUUAUGGCGACGGUGGAAGGACUACAAGUGGCAAGUGGGCGCGAGGGGGGAGCGCGGGCAGUGACGCGGAGGACACGUGGCAAAGCGGAGGCAGGGGCGGCGGAAGGGGAGGAUGGGCGGGGGGAGCGGCGCAGCAGCAGCAGCCGCGGGGGAUGGGGUGGGGGGGAGCAGACACGGGGAGCAACAGACUAGGAGGCAAUGGGGGUGGGGGAGGGAUGGGCAGGAUGGGAGCGGGAGCUGGGGGAGGGAGAGGAGCGGGUGGGAUGACUGGGGUGAAUGACAAUGACGAGGAUGCUUAUGGCGGAGCAGCAGGGGGAGCAGCAGGGGGAAGAAACGGUGCUGCUGCUGGCGGGGCGUUUGGGGGAGGUGUGGGGGGAGGUGUGGGGGGAGCUGCAGCUGCGUUUGGGGGAAGAGGCCGGAUCAAUGCUGGUGGCUUCGUGGGGGGAACUCAGGGAGGUGCCAGGGCGGGGAGGGGAGGUUUAGGGGGAAGUAUGGGGGGCGGGCUAGCAGGGGGGUUGGGGGAAGCGGCGGAUUUAGAUGGGGAGGAUGACAUGGGUAUGGGUAGUGGCGCUGCUGCUGGUGGUCGUGCAGGCUCCACUAUGAGUACGAUGGGCGCUAUGGGCGCAGGGGGAGGAGUAGGCGCAGGGGGACUUCCUGCUAGGGGGAGAAGCAGGCUGGGGGCCACGAGCGCUGGGUUUGGCGGAAUGGGGGGCAUGGGGGGUAUGGGGGGCGUGGGGGGAGCGGGUAGGAUGGGGGGGACCGCCUCUGCUGCUGCUGGUUCUGGCUUCGGUUCAGGCAUGGGUGCUGGGAUGGUGGGAGCGGCUGAAACGGAUGAAGACUAUGGACAGAGCGGUGGAGGAGGGUUGGGGGGAGUGGCAAGGGGAGGCGCAGGAACCGCAGCGGCAGCAGUAACAACCAGAGGGGCAUUCCGGGGUGCUGCAGGGGCAGCAACGUCAGGGCGAAUGGUUGGUGGGGGAAUGGGUGCAACAGGGAUGGGAGCAGGGGGGCUGGGUGGGGAAGAUGAGAUGGGUGGGGCGGAUGAGGGGAUGGGUAUGGUAGGCAAUGGUGUUGCUGGGAGGAGCGGGGUGAGGGGCGGGAUGGCCGGUGGAGUUGGUGGUAGUAUGGCUGGUGGUGUGGGUAGUGAUGAUUACAACGAAGGGGUAGCAGCUGAUUCCGGCACUGGCAUCAGCGGCACCGGCAGCAGCAGCAGCAGUGGAGCGAGUGGGAUGUUUGGGGCGAGAAGCAGAGCCGGAAGCAGCAGCUUUGGCACCGCCAGCAGCAGCUUCAGCAGGCGAGGCAGUGUGGCGGCAGCAGAUCCCUACGGGGACGAAGGGGAAGGCACGGGCGGUAAGGCAGGAGACGCUUCAGGCAUAGACGGUGGGGAUGGCACGGAUGGUAUGGACGGUUCAGAUGACCUGGAUGGAGGAGUGUCCGGUGGUGGUGCAGGAGGGACGAGGCAGGGUGCGCAUGCAGGGCUGGGCAGGGGCGAUGCAGAGGGUGGGGGUUUGGGGGAGGAGGAGGAUGAGGAUGGAGGAGUGGGGUCCGGAAAGGCAGUGGUAGGAUCCAAGACAGGGAAGGGCGAGGGAGGGGAUAGCUCCUCUUCUUCUUCCUCUGGUGGUGGCGGUCUGUUUGGUUUUGUCUCUCGCAUGUUUGGUGGGGGUGGGAGCAGUAAAGCGCCCGGAAAGGCGGCAGGGGAUGGGGCAGGGGAGGGGGAGGAGGUGGAGGGGUUUGAGGCGGGGAAGAGCACGGCUCAGUCGGCAGUGGAAGAUGCCCUGAGGAGCACUGAGGAGGAGGGCGUGACUGGGGGAGGCUUAUCCAGGAACAGGUUCGGCAGCAGCAGCAGCAACAGAGGGGAGGGUGGGGAGGAUGAUGACUACGGGUCAUCGUCUGCUGCUGCUGCUGCUGGCACUGCUGAUGCUGAUGCUGGUGAUGACGCAGACGCAGAUGCGGAUGUUGCAGUGGGGACAGCAGAAGGUUUCAACAAGGGCCGGUUUGUCCGGGGUGCUGCUGGUGCUGCUGGUGGUGGUUCUGGUGCUGUUGGCAGGGGUGGCAUGGGUGAGGAGGAGGAUGAUUCAGAAGCUGCUGCUGCGCUUGGUGAUGUUGCAACUGGAGCCAGCGGUGGUGAUGCCUCAGAUUCCUCUGAUGCUUCUGAUGUGGAUGAGUCUGAUUCGCCUGCUGCAGCUUCUGGGCUUGGUGCUGCUGGUGCUUUUGGAGGGGCAGGGGCAGGGAAGGCCGGGCGGCUGAGUGGGAGACUCAGUGGGAGGUUGAGUGGUGCGAGUGGUGUGACAGGAAAGGCUGGUAGGCUGACUGCGAGAGGGACAGGAGGGAAGACGAAUGCAUUUGGAUUAGACGCAUCAGGAUUGGAAGGAUCGGAAUCAGCCGCUGGGGGAGUUGGUGGUCGUGGGGGGAUGGGAGGGGAGGGUGGUGAUGAGGAUGGCACAGGAGAAGGGAUGACGACCAUUCGGGCUACUAAGAAUGCGUUUUUGGGUAAGAGGCGGGCGAAUGUGGGUAGUGAUACGAGCUUGGGUGCAACCCAGGGUGUGGGGCUUGGAGGAGUGAGUCGUGUUGGCCGGGCAAGAAAGACGAGAGUGGGAGGAAUGACAUCACUAGGAAGAGCACAGGUGAAGGCUUCACAAGACGACGAUGAUGAGCUGUCGCUUUGA